GCCAUGAAGAGAGAUGGCAGCCUUUCACAGGAGUAAGAGCUAUCCCAGAGCUUGCUUCUCCAUGUUAGUCUUGUGGGGAUCACAAAGUGAUUGGACGAGAGCUCUCUCCUCGGUCACAUUCCAGCCCUUGACCUCUGGUUUAUGAUUAUCCAGGAGCCAGCCAAUAAGGCACCAGCUCAAGUCUGUUCCCCAGAGAUGGGGCAUGCCCUGGCAGGUUCUGGAUGUCAUCAGUGACUGAGGCCAUUCUGGACACUCGACUGUAGUAGCAGCUAAGGGAGAGACAAGGGCUACGAGGCAGCAAUAUAAACAGAUCUGGUGUCUCUUGUGGAUGCUGAGAUUUGAGACGAAGUUUUCCCAUGGCUUCUUUUCGCAUCCGCCAAUUCCAGGAGAGGGACUACAAACAGGUUGUGGAUGUGUUCUCCAGGGGCAUGAAAGAGCACAUCCCCACCACCUUCCGCCACAUGCUGACACUGCCCCGAACCCUCCUGCCCUUAGCUGGGGUGCCCCUCACUGUAGUCCUGGUGUCUGGCUCCUGGCUCCUGGCUAUUGUAUGCAUCUUCUUUCUGCUCUUAUUCUUGUGGUUCCUUACCGGCAAGCCCUGGAAGAAUUAUGUGUCCAAAUGUUUACACACAGACAUGGCUGACAUCACAAGGUCCUACCUGAGUGUUCGUGGCUCAGGUUUCUGGGUGGCUGAGUCUGGGGGGCAGGUGGUGGGCAUAGUGGCUGCUCAGCCAGUCAAGGACCCUCCAUUAGGGAGGAAGCAGCUGCAGCUCUUUCGCCUGUCUGUGUCCUCACAACAUCGAGGACAGGGGAUAGCGAAAGCACUGGUCAGAACUGUCCUGCAGUUUGCACGGGACCAGGGCUGCAGUGAUGUUGUCCUUCAGACUGGUCUUUUGCAGAAAGGUGCUGUAACUCUUUACUACAGCAUGGGCUUCCAGAAGACAGGUGAAUCCUUCAUGGACACACUCAUGUGGCUUGUGGAUGUUUCUCUAAUUCAUUUCAUAUACCCACUCCCUUCUGCUCAAAACCAUGAGCUGUGAUCUUUCUCUGUGUAUCUGGUAACCUCUAUCUCACCGUGCUGUGGGAACAAAUAAUCCCAAUAUUGUAGUGGACAAAU